GCGGGGAGGGCGGGCGGGCAGGCGGCCGGGGGCCUCGGCGUCUCGGCCCCCGCGCCCCCUCGGGGGGCCCCGCCAGCGCCCCUUUGUCCGGGGGGGGGGCCCGUGCAUGCCGCCGCCCCCGGCGCCGCGGGCCGAGCAGGGCCGUGCAGCCUGAGGGCCGCCGCCGCCGCUGCCGCCGCCCGCCCCGCAUGGACCCGCCGCAGAGGAUGGCGGCCGCGGGCUCGGACAAGGAGCUGAGCGACCUGCUGGACUUCAGCGCGAUGUUCCCGCUGCCUGUGCCCAACAGCAAGGGCCGGCCGGCCCCCCAGUUCGGAAGCUCAGGCCUGGAGGACCGCUCCCCCCCGGGCUCCUGGGACCCCAGCGACCAGAACAGCUCUUCCUCCUUCCAUGGCGGCCGGGCCUAUGGUGACGGCGCCCCCUUCGGGGGAGAAGCCCAGGGUGGGCUCCCCGCCCCCACGUUCCUGGGCAGCGCGAUCGCAGGCAAGGCCGGCGAGCGGGGGUACCCCGGCUUCGGGAGAGAUCCUGGCGGUGGGGCUGGCGGCGGCCUGGCUCAGGCUGGCUUCCUGCCAGGUGAGCUGGGCCUGAGCACCCCGGGGUCCCUGUCCCCCUCCUCUGGUGUGAAUGGGAGGGCCCAGUACUUCGCCUCCUUCCCCGGACAGCCCCGACGCAGAGCUGCAGAUGGCGGUCUUGACCCACAGCCCAAGAAGGUUCGGAAGGUUCCUCCCGGUCUCCCCUCCUCCGUAUACCCUCCCAGCUUAGGCCAGGACUUCGGCAGGGACGCCGCCUACCCCUCCACCAAGCCCCCCAGCAGUGCCUACCCCGCCCCCUUCUACGUGGCAGACGGCAGCCUGCACCCCUCGGCCGAGCUCUGGAGCCCCCCGGGUCAGGCGGGCUUCGGACCCAUGCUGGGGGAGGGGUCCUCGCCGCUGCACCUUGCACCUGGGGCCCCCACGGGGGGCAGCUUCCCCAGCCUGCACCAGCACGAGCACGUGGCCUACGAGGUGAGCGGGCCCCUCCCCGCGGCCGCCUUCCCCCCCAGCGCCUACGCCAACCUCGCACACACGCCCCCCGUCAGCGGGCCCGACGGGCUCCUGGGUGUCCGCGGGGGCGCGGCCAGCAGCUCCGGGGACGCCCUUGGCAAGGCUCUGGCCUCGAUCUACCCCCCCGACCACUCCAGCAGUAACUUCUCGUCCAGCCCCUCCCCUCCCGUGGGGUCCCCGCACGGCCUGCCAGGGACCUCCCAGUGGCCUCGAGCAGGAGCCCCUGGUGCCUUAUCUCCUAGCUACGAGGGGGGGCUGCACGGCCUGAGCAAGCUGGAGGACCGCCUGGAGGAGGCCAUCCACGUUCUCCGCAGCCACGCCGUGGGCUCCUCUGCCGACGCCCCCGGGUUGCUGGGCGCCGGCCUGUCGGGGGGGGACGGGCAGCUGCACCCCCCUAGCGCACUGCCUCCCGACGCCUACGGCCGACUGGGGCCCCCGGGUGACAUCAAGCGGGAGGAGAAAGAGGAUGAGGAGAACCUGGGGGCCGACCCCUCGGACGAGGAGCGCAGGGGCCUGAAGGCGCGGCCCCGAAGCAGCACGGACGAGGCACCGGGCCCCGAGGAGAAGGACGUGCGGGACCGGGAGCGCCGCAUGGCCAACAACGCCCGGGAGCGCGUGCGCGUGCGCGACAUCAACGAGGCCUUCCGGGAGCUGGGCCGCAUGUGCCAGCUGCACCUCAAGUCGGACAAGGCGCAGACCAAGCUGCUGAUCCUGCAGCAGGCCGUGCAGGUCAUCCUGGGCCUGGAGCAGCAGGUGCGAGAGCGGAACCUGAACCCCAAAGCCGCCUGCCUGAAACGCCGCGAGGAAGAAAAGGUGUCCGGCGUGGUGGGGGACCCCCAGAUGGUGCUGUCGGCCCCCCACCCAGGCUUGGGGGAUGCCCACAACCCUCCGGGGCACCUGUGAAGCCCCCACCUCCCCGGCCCCGUGGGUGCCCGCGUCCCCCUUCCGACCCCAGACUGGCUCCAAAGCCCAGGGCCCCCACCCCCCUUUUUUUUGUAAGCAGACCCCGAGAAGAGUGAGAAAGAAACACUUUGUCCACAACGGCAAACGUGCCUUAACUACGGAUGAUGGAUCGCGUGAGAUGGGGGCGCCACAGGCGGGGGAGGUGGGGUCGCCCCCCCCCAGCCCCCGGGAGCCACCAGCUAGCUAGCUACCUGUGCCUACACAAACUAUUUUUUUUAAGAAAAGAAGAAAAAUAACGAUAAAAGAUGUUAGCGAUGAAUUUUUUUUUUAACUUAGGAGGAAAAGUAGAGGGUGUCUCUUCUGUUUUUUGUUUUUCUUUGUCCUGAAGCUUCUUUUGCAUCUGUUUUGUAAGCAAAACCUGUUUUUUGUAUAAAAGUGUCGUGUCUCUUGCUACUA